AUGGGAAGUACUAGAGAUUACAAAACCAACAUGGGAAGUGCUAGAAGUAGCAAGCCCGAUAUUAGAGGCGCUAUUGAUAACAAAACCGACACGGGAGGCGAUAGAGAUAACAAAACCGACAUGGCUGGUGUAAGAGAUUGCAAACCGGACAUGGGAGGCGCUACAGAUAACAAAGCCGAUAUGAGAGGUGCUAGACAACACAAUACCAACAUAGGAAUAGCAAGUGAUAACAAAAGCAGCAUGGGAAGUGCUAGAGAUAACAAACCCGACAUGGGAGGCGCUAGAGAUAAAAAAACAGAUAUGGUAGGCGCUAGAGGAAACAAAACUAAUAUGGGAAACGCUAGAGAUAACAACAACGAAAUGGUAGGCGCUACAAAUGACAAAACCGACAUGGGAGACGCUAGAGAUAACAAAUUCGACAUGGGAGGUUCUAGAAAUAAAAAAACCGACAUUUGA